CCCUUUUGUUACCUGUAUAAACUUGUUUGUGGCUAGUUACUUUGUGGAUUUGAGAACAACCUACUUGCUUUCCUCUUGCAGUUUUUUUUCAGUGACAGUUAUUGCUGAUCCUCUUUUUCAAGCCAAAACAGAUUAUAAACAGUACGGUAUCCGGGCAAAGCUAGAUGCUGCAGUAACAUGCACAGAUUUAAACAUGGUUCUUUUUCCACGAGCUCCAAGGCUUUGUGAGAUCCUGAUUUGCCAGGACUGUGGCCAGGGAGGAGCUGAGCUUGAGCUUUCGGUUUCAUCCGGAACUUUGGGAGCGGCUUUCCAACGCCUAAUGGCAGAUCAAAAUAAAAUAAAAUAAAAAUCCUAAAGGGGUGAAGGAGGCGCUGGACGGGAGAGAAGGUCUCCAUCGCGGAAGGCUGCCUGCGCGCCAUUCUACUCCAGUAUGUAUUUUAAACGGGAGGCUCCGAGUCCGAGCGCUUGCAAAACGGAAAGGGAAAUAUGUUUCGUCCCGCAACUGUUCUUGAAUUUAGGGGUUAAGGUCGUAAUAAGGCGAGGUCGUGAAGGGAAAAUGGUGGGACGAGCUUGGCCGUCCUAACAUUUCCCUCCUUUGCUAGGGCCGUUUGCGCAACCCAAAACGCGGCAACGCGGGCACAUCGCCUCCUUUUCCCGUCAGUGGCGCCUGCAGGAGGACGGCGCCAUUUUCUUGGGUUCAUAGAUAGGAUUCCCAAGCAUUUGCACGGCGAAUGCGGCCACGCUUCACUUGGGGCUGGGAGCCGCUUUGCUCCCUUCCUGGCCCUCUGCCACAGGAAGACGAACUCGGGCCUCUUGCGUUGCUCAGCUCCCGGGAGAAGAAAGGGGCGCGCAGCCCUCGUGACUCUGCGCUGUGGAGCCACUUGCCCUUGAGGCGCCCGGAGAUCUGUCUCAGGAGAAAACACGGACUUCCCUCCAGGGUUGAGAAGGAAGCUCUCCCGUCUAGUUCGAGGGCAGAAUGGGCACUUGGUGCCCGCAGCCCAGACAGACCCCUACAUCCGUGUGACAGAGGCCUUCUUGCCCCCCCCCCCCAGUAGGAAGGCUCAUGCAGCCUUUCUCAGCUGUGAUUCCUGCAUUGCAGGGGGUUGGACUAGAUUGCUCUUGGGGAUCCCUCCAAGGAUUCUGAUUUUAUGAAGCGGAGCUGCUUUGCGAAGUGGUGCAAGGGGGUCGGCAGUGUGGCCCGAAAUAACCUGAGCAUGGGGCUUCUUCGUGUAUAUCUGUGGCUUGCCGCUGUGUGUCUGUUUCAUUUAUUAAAGCAUUUUUGCCACACUGAGAGGGUGAAAGGAAGGGUAACUAUGGGCAUAGUAUUAACAUGAGAUCUAUACAUUGCAUUGGCCAUCUUGUGCCUUUCCCAGAUUUUCACUGUUCUUUUUUCCUAGACCUGAGAAUGUGGCCAACAUCUGCGACUCCCUCCAAACCCAUUGAGACAUUUGUUUUUAUGGACCUGGAAGCAACAGGCUUACCACCCUCGCAGCCUAAAAUUGCAGAAAUGUGCCUGUUUGCUGUGUCUAGACAUUCCUUGGAGAAUCCUCAAUACGGCAAUCCUUGCCCAAAACCACUACCUCUCUUACCACGUUUAGCAGAUAAGCUGUCUGUUUGCAUUAAUCCAGACAAGCCGUUCACCCCGGCAGCAAGUUCCAUUACAGGACUGACGAAUGAAGCAUUUGCCAUGAACAGAAAGCAAACCUUUAACUUGCAUCUUUUGCACAUGAUUGUGGCCUUCUUCAGAAGGCAGCACCCACCAAUCUGUUUGGUAGCACACAACGGCUAUGGUUACGAUUUUCCUUUGCUGAAAGCUGAACUCUCUGCACUGGGUCACUUAGCCCUUGACGAAAUCUAUUGUGCAGAUACUAUUAAAGCCAUGAAAGCCUUGGACAGCCAGAACAACCAGCUUCAGCAGUUUGCAUACCAACCCAGCGCACCUGGCAGCAGGAAAAAAUACGCUCUUCGUGACUUGUAUUUUAAAUUCUACAGAGAAUAUCCUCCGAACAGUCACAAUGCAGAAGGAGAUGUCAUUGCGCUAAUAAACAUCUUUCAACAACGUGCCAGCGAUCUUAUGUGCUGGAUGGAUUCAAAUGCAAUGCCAUUUAAUUCCAUUAGAGCCAUGUACAAGGAAAAUGAGAGAUACGCUUCCUUUUCAAAAACACCUGGGAACGUUCAACCACUCCACUCCAGUCACUUACAGAUGCAAUCGCGGCAAAGGGUAGCAGCAACUGCUUCACGCUGGCCUUUUCCAGAAGGUGGUGAACCAGCAGAUAAUAAUUAUAUUCCACUAAACAGUAGAAGUACUGAUAAAUUUUUCAUAAUUCCUGAAGAAUUUAAGAGUGUUCAGGGUAUUUUGAUUCUGUUUCUUGGGCUAGUAGUUAUGUGGGUUGCAGUUAAAUACCCUGUUUAAUUCAAGAAUAUACAUUGGAUUUUCUAUAUUGUAAGUUGCAAGCUGCAAAAAUGUGUUUCCACCAGCUCUGGUUCUUAUUUUCUCCCUCCAUUUCGAUCUUCUAUAACCCCUAUUUUAAAACAGCGGCAUUGGUUUCCAGUUUGUUUCUCAGCCCAAUUCAAGGUGAUGAAUCAAAUGAUUCAGGUUCCAAAUAUCUGCCUCCUUUUGUACAGAGCCUCUUGUAUGCUGAGAUCAGCAGACAAGGUCCUCUUGAUAGUUCCUUUGCCCUUAGAGGUUCAGGGAAGGCAUUCUUUGUGGUGGCCCCUAAGCUGUGGAACUCCCUUCCCACAGAGAUGCUUCCGGCACCUUCAUUAUACUGUUUUUGGAGAAUGCUGAGGUUUAUGUUCUUAGGAUGCACUUUAUUUUUAUGGCUAUUGUUUUAAACUGUUUUUAAUACUAUGUUUCAAUGCUGUAACCUGCUCUUGGAUCUUAGGGUGAAGGGUGGAUAAUAAAUUAAUAUUAUUUUGGUG